UAACAAAAUAAGUGGAUCUGAAUUUGAAUCAGGCAUAAAUAUAUGCUCAUGGAAUGCUAAUGGGCUUGGAACUUCAAUCCCAUAUCUUUCUAAGUUAAUGCAGAGUAAUGAUAUUAUCCUCUUACAGGAGCAUUGGUUACAUCAACAUUCAAAACAUAUUUUGGAAAACGUUAACCAGGAUUUUUACUGUGAAUGCUUUGAAUCUAGUCCGGACUUAUGUCCAUUAAAUAAAGGUCACAUGAUUGGUCAUGGCGGUAUUGCCAUUAUGGUUAAUAGAUCUUUGCAGGCAGUGGUAUCUAAAGUUAAUCUUAAGAUUAAAUACAAG